AUGGAUGCAGAUUCUAUGGUCCCUCCUCCCGGUGAGGAAGGGUUCUCAGUCAGCCAUGCUAGAGAUGAAAUUUCACUCUACCAGGAGCUCGAGACACUUACAAUGACGAAAACACAGUAUUACUUUUGGGCAUCACAAUACAAUGAUCUCACAGAUGCUUUCUUGGCAUACAAGCAAGACUGCACUCCGCCUCCAAUCUCUGACAACGAUAAUGUUCGCACAUCUAAUGUUCUCUUAGAGCAUCGCGUCCAAACUUUUAGAUCCCUUUCUCCAUUCAUCAAUGUAUCCUUACUUUGUUAUGGCUGCAUAGGCAGUUCACCUAUUCGCCCAAUGGUUGCGAUUACCAUUUGUACCCUUGAUAUGUUCCGACAAAGUCAUCAGGUAUGCCCAAGAUUCAGUAUUCACGCUGCAGCAAAGAUGCUUUGUUUCAUGCAUGAUCACCUAGCCGAACAGAUGUGCACUGCAUUUGAUGUCUAUCUUGAAAUACAUUGUCGCAUCAAUAGCCGACUGCACAAGUUCCUUGGACGUGACACGGAGAAUUGGUGCAUGCUCAAUUCUUGCCCAGCUUGCCAAUAUAAGCUGGUCGAUGAGCCAACUCUGGACUUCUCAAUUCUGUGUGCAUGUGACGGGAAUAACUCAGCAAAACUUGUUGAUGCUGCAGUACGUAGCGGUGAGGAACGUCUUGACCCUCGCUCAGGGCUAUCAUCAAUCUGGCUCAUGGAGUCGUACAUUGACCAAUUUAAAGAUGAAGUCCAAUCUGCUUGGGCACAUCAAGCUAGGCAACAACCUAGUGACCCUGAUGACCCGUGGAUAGACAAACCGGACUCGAACAAUUCUGUAGAGCCACCAACCAUAUGCAUUGACCGCUGGCAUAAUGCAGUGCCCGAAUCACGCAAGAAAAUGUUCGCUAUAUUUAAGAAGUCUGGGAUAUUUGUCACAGUGUGCCAACAUGGUUUUCUCCUUACCAUCUGUGAUAUGGUCUGA